CUCCCGGCGGAGGCUCGUAAAUCCCAACCUUCUCUUUGUCAAAUCUCUCUCUCUCUCUCUGUCUCUCCUCCCAUUUUUUUUUUCUAAAAUUGGCUCUCUCUCCUCCACGGUAACGGACGGUAGUAAUUUGAUAACCUAGAUCCGCCCCAAUCCGGCGAGAUCCCCGAUCUACUCCAUGGCCUGCAUCAAGAGCGCCCCUCGAUCGGCCCUCGCCGCCUUCGCUCCGGAUGCGCCGUACCUCGCUGCUGGUACGAUGGCGGGCGCCGUCGAUCUGUCGUUUAGCUCGUCGGCGAACCUUGAGAUAUUCAAGCUCGAUUUCCAGUCGGACAGCCAGGAGCUUCCUGUGGUCGGUGCUUGCCCUAGCAGCGACCGUUUUAACCGCCUCUCAUGGGGGAAACCGAAAUCUGUCUCGGGCGAGUAUUCUCUCGGCCUCAUUGCCGGAGGCCUUGGCGAUGGCACGAUUAGCCUGUGGAAUCCAGUGAAGCUAAUUGGUUCGGAGGGGAGUGAUGACGCUUUUGUUGCACGGCUUGAGAAGCACACUGGGCCGGUUCGUGGGUUGGAAUUCAAUCCUCAUGAGCCGAAGCUGCUUGCUUCUGGGGCUGAUGAAGGGGAGCUCUGUAUUUGGGAUCUAGAGAAUCCAACAGAACCAAAGCUUUUUCCAUCUUUGAAGAAUAUUGGCUCUGGAGCCCAAACCGAAAUAUCUUUUGUGUCUUGGAAUGUGAAGUUUCAACCUAUAUUAGCAUCAACUUCCUACAAUGGGAUAACUGUUGUCUGGGAUUUGAGACAGCAAAAGCCAGUGACAAGUUUUUCAGAUUCCACUCGAAGAAGGUGCUCCGUUCUGCAAUGGAAUCCUGAAGUUUCUACACAACUUAUUAUUGCAUCCGAUGAUGAUAGCUCACCAGCUCUCAGAGUUUGGGAUGUUAGGAAAACAAUAUAUCCAGUCAGAGAGUUUGUGGGGCAUACAAAAGGGGUGAUUGCUAUGUCAUGGUGUCCAUAUGAGAGCUCAUUAUUAUUGACAUGUGCCAAAGACAAUCGUACUAUUUGCUGGGAUACAAAUACAGGGGAGAUGCAAUGUGAGUUGCCAGCUAGUACCAAUUGGAAUUUUGACAUUCAUUGGUACCCUAAGAUUCCAGGUGUCAUAUCAGCAUCUUCUUUUGAUGUAAAGCUUGGGAUAUAUAAUAUUGAGGCUUGCAACAAGUUGGGUCUUAGUGCUGGUGACUUUGUUGCUCCAGUACGCUUGAGAGCUCCAAAAUGGUUGAAACGUCCAGCUGGAGUGUCUUUUGGUUUUGGAGGCAACCUUGUAACAUUUUAUCCCGGUCAAGCAGCUUCUGGUGCUUCAUCAUGUGUUUCUGAGGUUCAUGUGCAUAAUUUGGUUACUGAAGACAGUUUGGUGCACCGCUCAGCUGAAUUUGAAGCUGCAAUUCAAGGCGGCGAAAGGGAUUCUUUGCGGGUUUUAUGUGAGAAAAAAUCUCAGGAUUCUUUGUCUGACGAUGAAAAGGAAAUAUGGGCUUUUUUGAAAGUUAUGUUUGAGGAGGAUGGGACAGCUAGGACAAAGUUGCUCACUCAUCUUGGUUUCAGAGUUCCUAAUGUUGAAUCGCAGGUUACAUCUGAUGAGCUAGGCAAGGAGUUGACUAACGCUCUUAAUUUUGAUGAGAAUAUGAAGAAAGGAUCACUUUUUGAAGGAGAUGUUGCUUCAUUCCCCAUCGACAAUGGGGACGAUUUCUUUAAUAAUCUACAAUCUUCUGAUGAUAAGGAGUUAAUUGAAGAAAAUGAGCUUCAUGAAGAACAAGCACCAAAAGAAACAGAAGCAACUUCUGAUGAUUCUGAUCCAGCCACUGAUGAGGCUAUUCAACGUGCUCUAGUAGUGGGAGAUUAUAAGGAAGCAGUUCAGCUUUGCCUCUCAGCAAACAGAUUGGCUGAUUCAUUGGUCAUUGCGCAUGUCGGGGGUCCUGCUUUGUGGGAGGCUACACGGGAUAAGUAUCUUCAAAAUAGUCUCUCGCCCUAUUUGAAGAUUGUUGCUGCAAUGGCGACUAAUGAUCUGAUGGCACUUGUUAGUACUAGGCCACUUAACUCAUGGAAAGAAACUCUUGCGCUUCUAUGCACGUUUGCACAGAAGGAAGAAUGGACUAUCCUCUGUGAUACUCUUGGUUCUCGACUAUUAACAGUGGGAAAUACACUUGCUGCUACUCUAUGUUAUAUCUGUGCUGGAAAUAUUGAUAAGAUAGUGGAAAUUUGGUCACGCAGUCUAUUGAAUGAGCAAGAUGGUAGGAGUUAUGUUGAUCUUCUUCAGGAUUUAAUGGAAAAGACCAUUGUUCUUGCCCUAGCAUCUGGACAAAAGCGGCUUAAUAAAUCUUUAUCAAAAUUGGUAGAGAACUAUGCCGAACUUCUUGCCAAUCAAGGGCUUCUUUCAACAGCUAUGGAAUAUCUAAAACUCCUGGGUUCAGAAGAUUCUUCGCAUGAGCUUGCUAUCCUUCAAAAUCGUAUUACAUUCUGCAUGGAAGAGAAGGGAGUGGCUAAGAGCUUACCUUUUGAAGAAAACCUGCAUCAAAAUGAUGCCAUCUAUAAUAACGUUGGAUCUAUUGCUGACACUGUUAAUGGCUCACAACAUUACUACCAGGAUAACGCACAACUCCAACAGCAGCAGCAGCCUACAUCUAGCGUUCAAUAUGCUGAUGGGUAUCAGCAGAAUUUGGGCUCAUACGGAGGUUACCAACCUGCACAAAUUGCACAAUCAGGGCAGCAAUACCUAGGAUACACUAAUCCAGUUCAAUUCCAGCCGACUCAGUCACCUCAGAUGUUCAUCCCAUCACAGACUCACCAGGUUCCACAGCAAAGUUUUGGACAAUCUCCUGCACCUGCUCAGCCUGCUUCGAAGCCAUUUGUUCCUGCAAACCCACCUGCCCUUAGGAAUGCUGAACAAUACCAGCAGCCACCUACUCUGGGCUCUCAAUUGUAUCUGGGAGUUCCUAAUCAGAAUUAUCAACCUGGACCAUCUGUACCAGUUCCUGCUAUUGGUUCACUGCAGCCAGGAUCCGUUGCUGGCCAUAGGUUUCCUCAGCCUGGAACAUCUCCAGCACCUAGGGCAUUCAUGCCAGUUACUAGUUCUAAUUUUGGCCAGAAUACUGGUCUAAGUCCCAUUCAACCCUCUAGUCCAACGCAGCAAGUGCAACAAUCAGUUGUGGCUCCUCCAGCCCCUCCUCCUACAGUGCAAACUGUUGAUACUACGAAUGUCCCUGCCGAGCUAAGGCCAGUCAUUGGGACCUUGACUAGACUAUACAAUGAGACGUCAGAAGCGCUAGGUGGUCAGCGUGCAAAUCCAGCUAGAAAAAGGGAAAUUGAGGACAAUUCAAGGAAAAUUGGGGUUCUUUUUGCAAAACUUAACAGCGGGGAUAUAUCUCCAAAUGCCUCAUCCAAGCUUCGUCAACUUUGUCAGGCCUUGGACGCUGGGGACUUCGCUAGUGCUUUGCAUAUCCAGGUUCUAUUAACUACAAGCGACUGGGAUGAAUGCAAUUUCUGGCUUGCAGCUCUGAAACGAAUGAUCAAGACAAGGCAGAAUGCUAGAAUGUAAAUCAGAAGGAGGGUAUCCAUUGGUAGGGGCUGGCCCCUGUACACAACAUACCAUUUAUUAUAAAAUCAUAAACUUUUCUGCUUAAUUUUAUUAUCAAUUUUGUUUGUUUGUUUGUUUAGCCCAUUGUGUUUAGGCCAGUUCAUAAGAAGUCAACCAUGCCAUAGAACAGUAGAGUCGAAGAUUCUUUGUCACAAAGUCCCCUAUUUUAGGGUUUCUAUUUGUUUUUGUCAAAGGUUUUGUUUAGAUUUGCCUCUGUGAAUUUUAAGCUUUGCAACCAAUGGUUUGGUAUUUGAUGUUUCAGCUUUUCUUUCACAGCAAAUUAUGAGCUACUAUUA